CGAAAUCCAAGUACACUUUUCCUGUCAACAACGCAUCGAACACCGGAAAACUGUACAUCUAGCAUAACUUUUCAACAUUAAAAUUGCAUCUUUUGUUUGUUGACCGUGUUCUUCAUGUUUGCCCUACACAAUCGUUUCGUUCGUCUAUAUCCAUCGUAUUUGAGAUUAGCGAAAAUGAGCCAAGUCGGAGAAAUGGGAAGCGGUGCCGGCAAGGGAGGUGGUGGCGGUGGAGCGAUUCGAGAAGCUGGUGGAUCUUUCGGUAAAAUGGAAGCAGCCCACGAAGAGGAAUACUUUUACAAACAGCAGCGCGAACAGCUUGCUAAACUAAAAACAUCGGAUAGCACCGGAGCCAGUUCGACGAAAUCGAGUACCGAUGGCCAAAAGUAGAUAGCAUUUGUUAGUAAGCGCUUACCUUUGUUCACCUUACCAAAGCUAGCAACUCCUGUUUGAUGUAACAUCUGGCCAUAGAUCGACAGCUCUUCCAGCGUAGCAGACACUUCGUACGACUCCCGGCGACGAUAUGGAUGAAUGUUGAAAUGCUCGAAUAUGUUGCGCCAUUCACCAUAGAUGGCAAAAUUUUUCUCAUCAAAUGCACACUGAUCAAACAAUAUAUCUUUCUUGAUGGAACUGAA